GUCGACCAGACAACAUGACAGCUCAACAUCUAAGAAAUCAACCACGACUCAAAUAGUCAGCCUCAUCGCAGAGCGGAUGUUAUCUCUUUUAAACUCGCCACUUCUUACACCCUCUUAUUUUGUGCAGACGGUUAACCGAGCAGUUUCUGCCCCCCCUGCCUGUGACACCUCCACCGGGGACGGAGCCGUGCUCUCUGUUUGGAGCGGAUGAGCGCUUCCGCCUCGGCUGCAGUCGUACUGUCACACCGUGGAGGAUGAACGACCACAAAUGUAGCAAUUUAUUUCAGAAACCAAGAGGAAGGACGAAGAUUAUACGAUGUAUCUACGUGGUGGGCUUCAUGGACUUGUUUGGGGUGAGCAUGAUCAUCCCGCUGCUGAGCCACCACGUCAAAGCUCUCGGAGCAAGUCCCACUGUGGCCGGUGUUGUGGGAUCUACAUAUGGGAUCUUACAGCUCUUCUCAAGCACAUUAGUGGGCAGCUGGAGUGAUGUGGUGGGACGGCGGUACUCUCUGCUGACCUGUCUGCUGCUGAGCGCUCUGGGCUAUGGCCUGCUCGGGAUGUCCACCAGCAUCGCUUUGUUUGUCCUCGCACGGAUACCUGUGGGGCUGUUCAAGCACUCCCUGUCCAUCUGCAGAGCCCUGCUGUCUGACCUGGUCUCUGAGUCAGAGCGUCCUCUGGUGAUGGGACACUUCAAUGCAGCCUCCAGUGUUGGUUUCAUCCUGGGUCCUGUAGUGGGCGGCUACCUCACGGAGCACGAAGGCGGUUUUUAUACCUCCUCCUUCACCUGUGCAUUCAUCUUCCUCACUAAUGCAGGGCUUGUGUGGAUGUUACCAUGGUGCGAGACGCUAACUCACUGUAACGACACUAACUCCAGCAACGGCAACGAAAGUUGUCAUGACACCAGCUGCAGUAAGCCGAUUAGCAAUGGCUCUCAUAUGAAAAGUCGCCAUCCGGUGUUGGCGGCAGAGACUUCUCCAGCCUGCAGAGCUGAAGGGAAGCAUCAAGGUGGAUUCAGAUGGAGGGAGGUGUCUCUGCACCAGUGUGCCUGGAGACAGCUGUCCUCAGUGGGCUCCAAAAUCCAUAUGGUGGCCUCCUCUGACAUGUGGGACCUCUUCAUGGUGCGUCUUCUGAUGGCUAUAGCUAUCAUGCUUUAUUACAGUAACUUCUCUUUGGCGAUGGAGGAGCGUUUCUCGCUUAAACCAAAGGUGACCGGUUAUCUGAUCAGCUACAGCAGCACGCUAGGGGCCCUGGCUGGGUUCCUGGUGGGGCCCGUUACCAAGCUCUACGGGAACUACAUGCCUACUCUGCUGCUCCACUCCACAAUUCUCACCGGGUUACUUAUUUUCUUGUAUGCGUCAGCACCCACUGUGUCGCAGGUGCUGCUCACCUCCACCUUCUUUGCCAUUUCCACCACUAUUGGACGGACAUGUAUCACAGACCUGGAGCUGCAGAGAGGGGGAGUUCAGGCCAGCGGGACUCUGAUCGGAGCUGGGCAGUCGGUUACAGCCGUCGGUCGAGUCCUGGCCCCUCUACUGUCUGGUCUGGCCCAGGAGUUCAGCCCCUGUGGUCCUCCCAGUCUGGGAGUGGUUUUAGCAGUUGCAGCUGUGGGUUUGCUGUUCAUCAGGAUCCCCAAAUGGGAUGGGAGAGGAAUGACAAAAAAAGCAACUGAAUGAGUUAAAAAUCAAUGCAAAUACACACAAAGAAGUGCUCUUAUUUGUAUGAGGCCAGCUGUGAAGAUAAAACAGCAGACUUACAGCGGGAACGAUGUUUCCUUCUCAAAUGCCUCUGACAAACUGUAGCUGUGACGACGUCACAGGGUCAAAAUGACCCGUUACAACCAGCACUGCAGUCCUUCUGUCAGGAGGUGCAGCUUCAAAAAUCCAGUAAAGUGUAAUGAAGUCAGGGCUUCCCUCUGUGCUGAUGCUUGAUCAGACAGAAACAUAAGGGCCUUGUGUCGGCACAACACUCGGGGCGGCUUGGAGAGAAUGCACACUUUUAUUUGUAAUGUAAUUUUUUAAAACCACUAUGAUGUUCAGAGUCCCUGAGGUUAAUAUCAACUAGUGACGGGCAAAGCAGUUCUUUGAAAUAUCAUGACUCACUUGAAUUGAAUUCCUUAGAUGAUUGAUUCACCGCCCCGUUCAGUGCUUGCCAGAGCUCUGACUGUGCGUAGUCCCACUCGCUGAACUGAAGCUCGCUGAACUGAAGCUCGCUGAACGUCCUGUUCAGAUCGCUUAUUAGUGAUCUGAGAACGUAGGAUUUAUCUUCAAAAAGAUAUCGUUUGCACACUUAAAGCUGAAGUCUUACCCUAUUAUGUAUUACACAUAUAUUUUAUCGAUACCUUAUUUUUAAAUAAUACACGUGGUUCUACUUUCUACUUCGGGACUUCAAGACAUAAGGAGUUGGGAAAAGGCCGGGCUAAAGCAACUUACUCAGGGUUCAGACUGGACGCUGAAGUGCAGCAAAACUGAAGGAUUUUCCAUGACGCGCUGCCCGCUUCCUUUCGAAGCCCAUAUUAGAAAGUUGGGCAGUUCACACAGGGCAUGCUGCGGCCCUGAUUUCUACCGCUCGCAAUCUGCAGCGAUAAUCUGGACAUUUGGUCUUUUUUUUUUACCGGUAGUCAUGAGCAAAUCAGACAAGGAUAUGAUAUAAAUAAUCUGAUUAUGAUAAAUGAUAAAAACAGGCAUCCAGUGCUUCCACAUAUCUGUCAGGUGUGUCUAAACAGAGGGCGAGACAGACUAGUAGACACACAAAGACACACAAGCAAAUAAAAACAGAGCUCUACAUGUGAUUAGAAGAGCAGAGAAGCAGAAUCACUUGCUGACCAAAUGUGGUUCUGGUGUGAACGGCCAGGCGGCUGCACUGCAGUUGACAUAUCAGGGUACUUUCACAUCCAGAGAAAACAUGGCAGCAGGCUUAGCCAUCCUUUUUUUCAUAUUGCAGGUCAUAUUGCACCACACACAACAAACCUCAAAAGGUGACAAUAUUUGAAAGAUUAAAAAAAAAAACAAAAAACUGAUUUAUAGUCUCUGCACAUUCGCUAUUUUAAGGAUGGGAUUCAGUUCAGCACAUUCACCCAAAAGAUGAGUUCUUUUGCAAACGACACAAGACAAAGUGUGAUACACUGUAAGUCAAAAUAACCACUACUGCUUUUACCUUUUAUUUUUAUCUUAGGGUACGUUUAAAUGGAGAUAUUAAGAAAUUAGUCUUUGGUUUUAGGUUAAGUUUCAUUUGUAUACUGAGCACCACUGUUUUUAAAUACCCAACCACUACCAGGUGAAGAAGGAAGAUUGUAUAAAUUUGUGCUAAGAUGUCAGUGAAUCUAUGACGUACAUGCCAGAUUCAAGCCAAAAAUCACAAAGAAUAAAGUUUUGUACAUGAGUCUUGA